AUGGAUACUGCUAUAAAGGAGGGCAAUGAGAAACAAUUCAAGUGUGCGGAUGACCUCGUCAAAUCUUGUAACCAGGCAAAAAGGUUGCGUGCUUUUGAUCAAGAAUACUCUCGGCAUAAGCAGCAGAAAGUGGAUAUCAGAGGAAAUCGUAUUAGGGUUGAAAACUGCCCCAACCUUGAAGCGAGAUUAGAUAUUCGUCUGGAGGAAAUGGAGAGCAUCAAAAGUGACAUGAUUCGAGAAUUGAGAGCCGUAGAGCAAGAAAUCGUCAGUCGAGGUGUUGAACAAUUAUAUUCUGCAGCCGAUGUGAGCCAGAAACUAAAAGAAAUUAAACUGCCUCCAGAAAGCGAACUGAGGAAGCUGGUGCACAAAGAUGAUCGGUUUGAGGAUAGUCUUGCUGCCGCAGAAGACAAGGUCAAACAACUGAGAGAGAGCAAGCUGGAUAAAUCCCAAUGGCCGAUUGUACGCAAUGCCAUCGAUGAUGCAGAUCAGCUUAUACAAGAGUUUCUUCAGAUUUCAACAAAAAAGGCGAGGGAGCAAUUGGAGGAGAAGUACAACUCGGUUUUAUUCAAGGUACAGCACGCCAAUUCAAAUUCCAAGGUGGAUAUUGACAGGUUGGUGAUGGACACUACAAACAAGAUUGUGCAAGCAUCGUCUUUUCUGGAUAAGCAAGACCACUUGAAAAGUUUGGAUUUAUCAAGCCGUACUAAACAAGAAUUAGAGGAUUACCUUGGCUCGCGACUGAUUGACUCGCUAAGCUCCAUAUACCCCCACGACAACAAACCCAGUGUGCUACCCUCAGAGGAGGCAGCAAAAAUCAGAAAGCAUCGCCAUCAAAGACUCCAGAUCAAGGCUGCCGUGCCUAAAGUAACGCAAAUGGAAAAAGAAGCAAAGGAAUCAAUAGCAAAGUUUGAAAGAAACUUGACUAGCUAUCCAGUACAACAUUUGAUGUCAAAUCUUGAACACAUUGAUUUGCUUUUAAAAAACCACAGACAGAUUUUAGAGUUUCUGAAUGAUCCAGAAGAGACCCACAAAGUGACAGAGGCCGCUGUGGUACAAGGAUGUCAUGUCCCAAACACCGUCAACCUGAAUGAAGUGGAUCCACACAUCAGCAAUGCAUUAGCUACAGCAGUAGUGGGAUACACGAAACGAUUUUUCUUUUCAGACAUGCUGGACAGAGUAAAUAAACUAGAGGAACGCAUGUAA